AUUAAAUCAUCAAUUGUUAUUCCGACAAUGCAUAGAACCUACUCCUUAAGAUCUCAAAGAGCUCCUACUGCUGCUCAAUUGCAAUCUCCACCACCACCACCUUCUUCUACCAAGUCGAAGUUCUUCGGUAAGGGUUCAAUCACUCAUUCUUUCCGUAAGCAAGCGGCUGGUGCCCUUGGUCCUGAAUUGGCCAGAAAGUUGGCCAUUUUAAUUAAAAUGGAAAAGAACUUGAUGAGACUGAUUGAAAUCACUUCUCGUGAACGUAAGGAUGUUGCUAAGCAAUUAUCCCUUUGGGGUGAAACCAAUGAUGACGAUAUUUCUGAUAUCACUGACAAGUUAGGUGUUUUAAUCUACGAAGUUGGGGAAUUGGAAGAUCAAUUCAUUGAUAGAUACGACCAAUACAGAAUUACUUUAAAGAGUAUUCGUGAUAUUGAAGGUAGUGUCCAACCAAGUAGAGAAAGAAAGCAAAAGAUCACUGAUCAAAUAGCUUACUUGAAAUAUAAGGACCCUCAAUCUCCAAAGAUUAACGUCUUGGAACAAGAAUUGGUUAGAGCUGAAGCUGAAUCCUUAGUUGCUGAAGCCCAAUUGAGUAAUAUUACUCGUGAAAAAUUGAAGACUGCAUUCAACUACCAAUUCGACUCUAUUAGAGAACAUUCUGAAAAGAUUGCCUUGAUUGCUGGUUACGGUAAGGCUCUUUUGGAAUUAUUGGAUGAAUCUCCAGUUACUCCAGGUGAAACCAGACCUGCAUAUGAUGGAUACGAAGCAUCUAAGCAAAUCAUCAUUGAUGCUGAAAAUGCUUUAGCUUCUUGGACCUUUGACUCUGCUGUUGUUCGUCCAACUCUUUCCUUGGCUGCUAACGAAGAAGAAGAAGGUUACGAAGAUGAAGAUUUGGCUAACGAGGCUGAAAACUUGAGAGUCACUGAAGAAGAAUGGAAGGAAGCUGAAGGUCAAAUUGCUUAAACAAAAUGAAAACGUUAUUAAUGAGAAGAGGAGAGCGUUUUAAAAAGUCAUCUUGAUAGCCUUUUUUCGUAUUUUUGUAAUUGUUUAAUUAGUUAUAUCAAUUUGAUAAUAUGUUUUUGGAUUAGUUUGCUCAUUUUUAUAGCGAUCUGUUUGAAUAUAUUGAUAUCAAGUGAGUGUAAGUAUUGAUCAAAUGGAAGAUAUUAUUCUCUAGGUAGAUUCUCUCUUAUGGUAUACCCAAUGUUUGAAAUUAUUGCAAAGAUAAUAAUCUGGAAAAAGAAACUUGAAUAUUUGGUAGCAUUGACAAUUAAAUGAGGUUGGCCAAAUUCGAUCCGAUAAAAGAAAAUCGUUGUAUAUAUAUCUAAUUCGGAAACUACAGGAAAAUAGAGGGAUUAUAUCGGAAAUCUUACAUAUAUUAAUAAGUGAAAUCUAGUCCUUCCGUGAAAUUACGGUUUAUAGCUCUAAUUAUUUUCCGCAUUUAAAGUAUGGGGUUUGAUACCAGCCACAUAAUUAUUCCGAAAAACUAUAAAUCCCGAUUUUGAAAUUGUUAUUAGUCUAAAUUUAUAUCUAAGUAAUAAAUGUAUGUAUGUUUGUUUGUGUGUUUGCUCUAUGUUCUAAACCUCAACCUCUGGUUGCUUUUAGUUGUAUUCCAUAUCUUUUAGUAGCUUACGAUUUUUACUCAGAACUUAAAGCUUCUAUAGUGCCAAUAAAUUAUUAAACUACCAUCUAUUUCAUUCUAAUGUAUUCCAUCUUAUAACUAUGCAUAAUCUUGCCAAGUAAAGAUGUUAAAGCUUGAAAGAUAUUCCGGUGCUGUCAAUUUGUCAGGGGUUCCAACUUCGGGCUUUGCACAGAAAAAAAUUGCUUUUUGAAUUUGGUUGCGAAUUUUUAUUUUCCGCAAUGUAUCAAUUCCCGUUGCAAGCAAUACAGAUGACACAUAGAUGAAGAAGAUUAACAGUCGCUUUCAAACUCCAUUAUAAAUACCUCUGGAAUCCCGAGAUUUUCAAAAUGUCUUGAUUUAUUUAUUACAUACCAUCAAUAACAUAAUACAAUAAUAUAUACAAUGCUUAGAAUUAAACCCGUUCAAACAUUCUCACGUUCGUUCUCCACAACACCAACCAGACAUAUUGCAACUACCAUUAAUAAUGGAAUCAAAGGUUUCAAGCCAUUCACACUGGCCAGUCAGGUGAUUACCAAUUAUAAAAGAGGGGUGGUUAGUUUUGUUACUUGGACAGUUGCAUUUUAUGCAGUUAUGUUUUGGCCAGUUUUUCCUCGAGUAAUACUGGAUUUCAUAAAUGAUGUUCCUCCAAAUUUAACAGGGAUCAACUCACCUGAUAGAUCCCUUGAAUUAUAAGCAUUUUAAUAUUUAUUUGGCAUCUAGACUUGAGUUAUAGAUUAGAGUUAUUUUUAGAAAGCGAGAGUGCUUCUGUUACGGUAUAUAGAAUAAAAUCAAACGAUACUUGAAACAAAUAAUGUAGUCCUUUCAGAUCUCGUCUAUUUUAAAUCCGCAUUUACUACAGCGGCUAUCGUUAAAGAAAAGGGGUUUAACUAAACUCAACGGUGCUAACUUGGCCAAUACGAAUCUACAACAAACGCCGUGCUUUAUCGUACAUAAGGAAAGACCCGAGUCAUCUUGUUGGCCUAAUUUAAAAUUAACGUUAUUUGAUUGUUUGCAAACUGGCAACGGUAGACGAACUGCAGCCAAACUUCUUUAUAAU